ACUUCUUUUAAAUCAAGGCUGAAGACUUUUCUUUUUGAUGCUGCCUUUCUUUUAAGUCAUUGUUCAGUUCUUACACUGUGAUGUUUAACCCUCGCUCAAAAAUGACCUGGGAUUGUAGAAGAGUAAAACAUAAUAACUUUGUCCUGUUCUCCUUGCAGCUAUCAACUUGCAAUGGUUUUUCGUGACAGCAUUUACAUUGUGACUGUGAGCAGCCGGAUAGACAAACUAAAGAGCAGCCCGCCCCUCUUUACGGUGAGACCUCUCUUACUGGAGCACAGUUCACUUCCAGACGUUGAAGUGGUGCAGACAUACUGUUCACACAAAGAUGAAGCUGGCCUCGAUAACAGCUUUGCUCUGCACCUUCAGUUUGAUCUCUGUCUGUGUUUCUGAGUUCCACACUGUCGAAGUCCAGCCUGCUGAACAAGUCACACUGAUGUGCUCCAACUUCAGCAGCUUUACCGCUCACAUGUUCUGGUUCAGACUGGACAGCAGACCCAACAUCAGCCGUAUCUCCUCUAUGUGGAGCUCUGAUUCAAAUGCUUCACUCUACGAUGGAUUUCAAAGUGGAAAAUUUAACAUGACAUCCAACACCACUACCCUCUUCCUCAACAUCAACCAUGUGGAUUUAUCUGACUCUGGACUGUAUUUCUGUGGAUUUUACUCAGAUGGAAAGCCAGUAAUUGUUAGUGGAACAUAUCUAAAGGUUCAAGAAGUGUUUGAUGGAAUAACGAGCCUGACCAGUGUGAUCCUCCUUGGUCUGAUUCUUUUCCUCGUUACAGUCGUCAUUGGUCUGGUUGUCAAAAUCAUCAAACUUCGCACAGCUCAGAAAGAGGGACAGACUCCACAAUGCAGCGAGAACCUGGGCUCUGAUGCCCUGAACUAUGCAGCACUCAGUUUCCAUCCAAAAGCAAGAAGCAGCAGAAGGCCUGAAUCAGAGAACCAGCUGGAGCCAGAUGUGGUGUAUACUGUCACCAGAUAGACUCAGGAAACAUCUGGAACUGCAGCGCAGAGUAAAACUGAUGCUUUAUCAAUUUAAUCUGCUGUUGAGGUUUUGUUCGGGUGGCAGACAGGAGAACAUACCAUCCCUGUAAAAACAAAAAGAUACAAUCCUGUAAUACAGAUUCUUUAUACAGUUUAUAUAGUGCAAUCUCUGCUACAAUUUUUAUUGUACUUUGUUUGUGUUCCAUCCUAAUCUGAGAACAAAAGAGUAUGAUUGGUGUUUAAUGGAGGAGUUUGUCCAGAGUCUCUUAUACGGAGAGUUAGAUGGAGGGAGAGAGGUAUGCAUCACU